GCGACAAAAUGGAAUUAAGAUUCCUCUCUGCAAGGUCAAAAGAAAUGAGGGACAAGGACUUUAAACAAGCAGCCAAAAACUCGAGUGAAAAAAUAUCAAUAAUUAAUUCAAAUGUUCAAAAUACCAAAAAGACAAAAACCAAAACCAAAAAAGAAAAAGAAGUAAUGAUAUUGUUUGUUUUUUUAUGUAGUAAACUUUAUAAAAAUAGGGGGUGUCAAGUUUGAUUUUUUAUAACAAAAAAAACUAUGAAACGGCUAAGUUUUUAUGUUAUAACUCAAAAAAAACUUAGCCGUGGUUGUUUAAUAACUGCUAAACCAUGAUUGAGGUUUUUUUACAUUUUGGCCUCG